AUGGAGAAUAUAGAAGAAAAUAUUGAUGAGGAGGCCUGGUGGCAAAGAUUGAUGGCCAGACUGGAGCCAUCAGAGGAGCAGAAUCUAGCAGAACAACAAGGAGGCAUUAAUUCUGCAUGUUCCCAGUUGCAAGACACACACAUUCAGAAAGACGCUCGCCACAACUAUGAUUUACCGCCGCGUCCAUGGACACCCACCACAUCAACUGCCCCCUCAGGAUAUGGAGAAUUUGAUGGGCAAGGUCAAGAUUAUUUGUUUGCAGAUCUAACACAUACACAACUUGCCAAUGGGACUGCAUCAUUGUCACAUCCUCUCUCCCCAACAGAACAAAUUCCCAUUGCUGAACCCUCAUUCCCUUUUUGGCCAGGACCAUCUCUAAUGCCAUCACAGCAAAGUCCACAAAUCCAACCACAUUUUAUCAAUCAGGCAGAGACAUAUGGCAUGCAGCAUCUGGAGAACGAGGUGCGGCAUGACCUAAAUCCUUUGCAAACAAGCAACACCCUUGUCAACUAUCAAUCACUGCCACAAGCUGAUCUUGGGGCAUCUAAUCAGGGGACCCUUUGGGGACACCUCUUGCCACCAGAAGCUACGCCUCUGCCACAGUGUGCAGCUCCACAGCUGUCACUAGUCGAAGCAGGCAUCCCUCCCCCAUUUGGCAACAACAUCAUCACAACAACACAUAGCAGUACUCAUCCAUAUCCCACGCAGAAUUCUUUUGUUGAUGAGCUGGCGGUCAUUGCACAGCGGUCACAACUGCUGGCUCUCCUGGGGAUGGAUACCAGCAUGAACAUCAGUCGCCAAAAGCUCACCUGGUACUUGACAUAUGCUGAUGAGAAAUACAAUUUCCUCUCAGCCGUGCCCCGUGGUCCAGACCCAAGGUGGGUUCGUGAAAGUUUGAGCGAAUGUAACAGUGUAUGCCCAGCUCUUGACUCUCUUUUUGAUUUCCAGCAACUACAUACAGACAAGAGUGUCCGCUCAGGGACAAAGAAUUUUCUGACUGAGGCUCUCAAGGCACUGUACAGGGGCGGAUUUCAAGAGCGGGGCAUCUUUUGGAAGAUAUGGGGAGCACUCACCAGAGCCGGCAUUGAAAGGGGCAGAUUUGUGCCUAGAACACAAUUGACCAUGGGAGAGUACCAGACGGUAGAGAACGCUGUGGCAACCUUGAAAACAACAGCAGCGAUCCAGUUUGGCCAAUCUGAAGUGGACAUUGCCCUGUCAAGAAGUUUUAUCCGCCAGGAAUGA